CUUCCGUUUCCGCCAGGACAUUAGCGGUUGGUGAGCAUCAUGGCAACCGUGACGGCCACGACCAAAGUCCCAGAGAUCCGCGAUGUGACCAGGAUCGAGCGCAUCGGUGCUCACUCCCACAUCCGGGGACUUGGGCUGGACGAUGCCCUGGAGCCACGGCAGGCCUCCCAGGGCAUGGUGGGGCAGCUGGCGGCCCGGCGGGCAGCCGGCGUGGUGCUGGAGAUGAUCCGGGAAGGCAAGAUCGCCGGGCGGGCCGUCCUCAUCGCUGGCCAGCCGGGCACUGGGAAGACAGCGAUUGCCAUGGGCAUGGCCCAGGCGCUGGGCCCCGACACCCCCUUCACAGCCAUCGCCGGCAGUGAGAUCUUCUCCCUGGAAAUGAGCAAGACCGAGGCGCUGACCCAGGCCUUCCGGCGCUCCAUCGGCGUGCGCAUCAAGGAGGAGACAGAGAUCAUCGAAGGAGAGGUGGUGGAGAUCCAGAUAGAUCGGCCGGCCACCGGCACGGGCUCCAAGGUGGGCAAGCUGACCCUCAAGACCACAGAGAUGGAGACCAUCUACGACCUGGGCACCAAGAUGAUCGAGUCCUUGACCAAGGACAAGGUCCAGGCCGGGGACGUGAUCACCAUUGACAAGGCCACGGGCAAGAUCUCCAAGCUGGGCCGCUCCUUCACACGCGCUCGGGACUACGACGCCAUGGGCUCCCAGACCAAGUUUGUGCAGUGCCCGGACGGGGAGCUCCAGAAACGCAAGGAGGUCGUGCACACCGUGUCCCUGCACGAGAUCGACGUCAUCAACUCCCGCACCCAGGGCUUCCUGGCUCUCUUCUCAGGUGACACCGGGGAGAUCAAGUCAGAAGUCCGGGAGCAGAUCAACGCCAAAGUGGCCGAGUGGCGGGAGGAGGGCAAGGCGGAGAUCAUCCCUGGGGUGCUGUUCAUCGAUGAGGUCCACAUGCUGGACAUUGAGAGCUUCUCCUUCCUCAACCGCGCCCUGGAGAGCGACAUGGCACCUGUGCUCAUCAUGGCCACCAACCGUGGGAUCACCCGGAUCCGGGGCACCAGCUACCAGAGCCCCCACGGCCUCCCCAUUGACCUGCUGGACCGGCUGCUCAUCGUCUCCACCUCCCCCUACAGCGAGAAGGACACAAAGCAGAUCCUCCGCAUCCGGUGCGAGGAAGAGGACGUGGAGAUGAGCGAGGACGCCUACACGGUGCUGACGCGCAUCGGGCUGGAGACCUCGCUGCGCUACGCCAUCCAGCUCAUCACCGCCGCCAGCCUGGUGUGCCGGAAACGCAAGGGCACGGAGGUGCAGGUGGAGGACAUCAAGCGGGUCUACUCGCUCUUCCUGGACGAGUCCCGCUCUACGCAGUACAUGAAGGAGUACCAGGACGCCUUCCUCUUCAACGAGCUCAAAGGCGAAACCAUGGACACGUCCUGAGCCGAGCGCCGCCCUCUCCCCCCCCGUUUUCUACCAGAGUUCUGACACUGUGACUUUGUAUAAAAUGGUUUGGAAACUGGCCCUGGGGUGUGUGUGCGUCCCCAG